GUAAGGCUAAAUAUGUCAUUUCGUAAUUUAUAUUUUUAAUUAUGGAAAAAAUAUUGGAGUGGCCCGGUGGAAAACCGAAGCCAUAGUUGCUGGAGAAAGUGGAGAGAGAGAGAGAGUGGGCGGUUUCACUCGGCAUCGGAUCUCGGGGAAACUUGAGGUUCUUGCAAUAUAAAUCAUGAUCGGUAUACUGCGAGAAUAAAUUUCCACUUUUUGGGAAAUCUGUGAAGUUUUGGCGUUUUGAUAAUUUGUGGGAAUUGGAUCGAUCGGUGCCUGAAGCUUUGUUAUUCAGGAGACAUGCUUGGAGGUAAUACUGCCAAUCAAGUUUUUCCAUUCUUCUUGGAGGAUAAUUCACUAUAUUAUGAUUCUAAUGCAUCCACGCAGCUCCGGUUGUUUGGGAAUAUUUCUGCGGCUUGUGAUGCUGAUCAGAUAAAACUUAAAGUGAAUGAUAACAAUGAUGCAUCUGCUUUAAACGUACGAAACAAGAGAAGCUCAGAGUCUGUAGACAUAAUAACGCAGAACAAUCAGAUCUCCUUUAAUAAUCUAUUUCGGGAUGAAACUCAUAGAUCAAGAAGCAUUCCCCAGGUGAAUACUGUCUCCACUGGUCUGAGAUUGUCCUAUGAUGAUGAGGAACGGCAUUCCUCAGUCACGACAGCAAGUGAGAGCAUGUCAUCUCUCCCCUUCACUCCUGCUGUUUUUGACAACAUAGGCCCUGAGAUCGAACUUCAAAAUGCAGAAUUCAACCGAUAUCUAAGAUUCCAGGAGGAACAACUUGCAAAAGGUUUGAGAGAGAUGAAGCAGCGACAUGUGGCUUCUUUCAUUAACAUUAUUGACCAAGAACUAUCCCGAAAGCUCCGGGCCAAGGACCUGGAGAUUGAGUCGAUGAACCGGAAGAAUCACGAGCUUGCCGAUCAAAUCCGUCAGGCUGCUGCGGAGGCUCAGACAUGGCAGCAGCGUGCACAGUACAAUGAGUCAAUUGUGCAUGCUUUGCGAUCCAGCCUCCAACAGACGAUUGCUCAAGGUGCUGCUGCUGCAGCGGCGGCAGCUAACCAGGGCAGGGAGGGAUGUGGUGAGAGUGAAGUAGACGAUGCUGCUUCAUCAUUCUACCCUAAUUCUUUCAAGGAUGGGCGGAAACACACGCUGACCAUUGCAUGUAAAGGUUGUAAAGGGAGGGAAUCCUGCAUGCUUUUACUACCCUGCAGGCACUUGUGCUUGUGCAGGGAUUGUGAUGCAAUGGUGGAAGCUUGCCCUGCUUGCUUUACAAGGAAGACUGCAAGUGUUGAGGUGUACAUGUCUUGAUAUUGUGUGUUUGUGUUUGUAUUUGUGUGUGAGAGAGAGAGAGAGAGAGAGAGAGAGUUGUUAUACAGAUCGUUGGUCUUGCCAAUAAUGGUUACUUGAGCUGGUGCCUUUGUUUGUUAAGACUAAUGAUGAAUGUUGUGUAUCAGUGCUACUUUGCCCAUCUACUGGGUUUGCUAAUAGUUCCAAUUUACAAGUUACAUGAUAUUUACUUUA